CGUUUGACAGAGAGACAUUUGAGUCGAACAAGUAAAGUUCUCGAAAAAAUUCUGCAAAAAUUGUCGAUAAAUUGACUAAUCGGGACGUUUUUGGUUCAAAAUUAUUGUUUUCAAACGUAUACUUAUCAACGAAGAUUACAAAAAAAAAAAAUCGGGUGUAAAAAUCUAUCGGUUGGCAAAUGUGCGAGAAUUCGGGAAAGAAUAAGAGCAAGGCAUAGUCUGCAAAAUUUAAAAGCCAACAAAAGUCUGCCGCCCUUUAAAAACACCCGUCGCGCUACCUGGUAGUAGACGGGCAAAGCUCUUCGCUGAUCCGAGCACGUGAAUGCAACUGUCAAAAUUUCCCGGCAAUUGGCCGAAGCCGCAGUUCUGACAUAACAACAAAGUACGAGGUGUCGAGUAUUUUUCAUCGAAAAGCGCGAGACAUGCCGAAACGAAUUUGCCCAUUCGACGACGAUUUAGCUCCGCAGAUGAAAAUUCAUGUGGGACAGAAGGAGGUCAAUAAUGGAGUGCAAAAAGAUAUUCACAUGAAAAAGGUUUAUGAUCGAACUUUAGGUAUGUUAAUGAUGGGAGGCAAGGAACUGUCGAGGCAAAUGAACGAGUCCAUUGAUUUAGAUCUAUCUGAUGCAGUCCCAGUCAGAAUUUCAGCUGACCUCAAGCUUAAUCCUCGGCAGAGUUUAAAACAAAUGUUUCUAAAUAAUAAAUUACAACUAGAAGUAAGAGAAGAAUACAUCAAGAAUUUCAUGUUUUUCAGAAUGUCCCCAUUGGUAUUUGUGGAUGUUGUCGGUCGAUCGAUGAUCGUAAUGCACACAACUGUUCCCACUGUGAAAAAAUAUUAUGCUCAUCUUGCCUUCUCCAAUGUCAUAAAUGUUCAGAAUACUUCUGUCAAUCUUGCUCAAUGGUUACGUAUGAUACAGAAGAACAUAACGUGUGCCUGAACUGUUAUGAAUGAUGAUCUACCUAAGUUCAUAGUAAAUAACUCACCCAUUAUGUCUUUGAAUUAGAUUUAAUAAUUUAUAUUUUGUUAUAUCAUGUUCUUGCAUGUUCGAAAAUUGUAUAUAAGAAAUCUGAAAACCGUAAUUCCUUAAAGGUAGGGAUUACUGUUUGUGCGCAAAAUGUUAUAAACUGAAAAAUACACACUUCUUUUUUGCAUCAAA